CCCCACACCUUCAACUUAGGGAGCCAUACAUGGAACACACAGAAAAACAGGCUGGCACUUUCCAGGCCACAAACAGGAGUAAAGUCAUCUGAAUUGUGAGUUAUCCUAUCCAAUGAAUACUUAAUAAAAUAGCCUAGAAGAGGAUCUGUUUGGCAGUACACCUGACUUUCCAAACCAGGAAUUCAAAAAUAAGCACCAACUUUGAGGCCACUGGGAGUAUUCUUCAGAAGCAGGCUUCAUAGCAUCUGGCAAAAUGCCUGUGGCCACUCAUAUUUUAUUUAGAACUGUUGUGUCCCCUUGCUUUAACCCUUUAGAUCUUAAUGCCCAUCUGUCACUCAGGGGCUUCAUUAUCUUAGCUAAUUCUUUACAGGUGCUCAUCUUCAAUGAGAAGAGACAAUACUGAGCACAAUUAUAGGAUAUCUCUGAGACAGGUGCCUUACUUUCAUUACUGCAAUAUUCAUUAUUAAUUAUAUUUAUUUCAUAUGACUGAAAAAGUUCUAAACUCUGGUGUAACAGGGUUUCUUAAAGAAAUUAUACACUUCUCCAUAUGCUACUGCUAAUGAAUUAUUAUAGAUGUUACAGGUAAUGGUGUUGUACCAUGUUAGCUAGUCAGAGUUAUCGAGUAAAAGUUUUGUAUGAAACAUUACAAAAGUUGUAUUACAAUGAUAUUUUAAUUGGCUAACUAUGAUUAACAGUAGCAUAUGGAUAUUCCUUAACCAUGUUUAAACAUGUCCCAGUUGGGGCCUGUGCUAGUAAUUACAUUUUCAUUUCAGAAUGCACAAAAUGCAUGGUUUAAUUUCUCUUUGUAGAAUCAAAUCUUUGCCCAAACACCAUAGGCUUUACAGACGGAAAAAGAUCAAAGUGAAUGCAAGGGAUAUAUUUUAUUAAAAAAUGUUUUUCAAACACCUUGUUUUUUUCAAAUUAUACAGUAUCUUGGUAUUCUGCAGAUCAGGGUCCCAUAUAUAGAAAUAUCAGGCUUCAGGUUUCCUACAAUAACUUAAUGUGGACAAAUAGAAAAAAACUCCAGUCAACAUGACUGAUUCAGCCAGAGACUAACCCCUACCCCUUUGGUACAUGUAGCAAUGGCAUUUGUUGUCUCCUGCUGGGAACUUUUAGUGCUGUCAUGUGCCGUGUGACUUUUAUAAAGCUGUUUAGGUACAUCUUCAAAUAUGCAACCUAAAAAAAUUGUAGUAUCAUUUUGUUUCAAAAAAUGAGUUUAUUUUACAAUAUGAAUUUGCAUAUUGAUUGUCGCUAUUUGGAUAUGAUGUUUUCUGAAAUGGAGAAGUGCAAUAUAACCUUAUGAAUCAUUGUAAUUACAUAUAAGGUUAUGAAUGUUCCUUUUCUUUUGGAAGCAUUAGGUAAUAAAGCUCUUGUUUUUAAACAGAAAUUACCGAGUGCAGUUUUAUGAGGUAAUAUUUUUCAGAUUAAAUAUACAUUCCUCUCAGAUGUCAUGUAGGACCGCUAACCUUUCCCAUAAGCAGUAAAAUGUGGUACUACUAGUCUGUAUAACUGAUUAAAGCAUACAUUUUCAGCUUUAAAGAACAUCUAUUUAAUAUUGGUCAUUUACAAAGUAAAAGGACGGAAAAUAUGGACGGAAAUCAACAUGUUUUGUGGCCACUUGCACCCAGCCCUGCACCAUUCUACAUUGUCUUACAGACAUGAAUGUUCCCUAUGAAUAUGUCACUACCUGCAUUUGGCUGUACUGUAUUCAUGAGUGGCAAGUGGAGGCUCUUCCAAUCCCCUAACCUGGUGGGUGCAAAUUUGCAAAACCCUUAGAAUCUUCAGGGCCACUUUAAACAUCUCUAUAAUGCUCGCGUGUUAGUGAUCUUAGUCACUGACCUAACCUUUAUCGCCCUAGAAAAACUAUGCCACUAGAGUGGUAUUAUUUACAACACCUUACAUCUCACUCUCAGUCACUAGGGUCAAGUGGCCAGAAGGUUACCUGAAUUCUUUAUUCAUGUCUCCACUUCCUCCUUCUAGGUAGUCAGAAAUAAAUAAUAAUGGCAGUCUGAACUGAAACCUUUUCAGUUGCUCAGUGAACAGAAAAGCCUGUUUAUAUUGAAUACUAAACAUAAUAAAAAAGCAUAUAUUUGCUGACCCAUAGGAUUACCUGACAUCUCCCUGAGAACUAAACUCAACAACACUGCCCAGUCUUCACAAGCAAUUGCUGAGUUUUCUAACUCUGGAUGAAAGUGAAUGUUUCACCACUGCCUACUAUAGGAAAUACUAUAGGAAAUAUUGUUUUCCUAAUUUAUUUUUCUAUGAUCCCAUCUGAUGUAGUGAUAAUAAUGAUUUUCCUCAGAUAUGUUUUCCUAUUAUACUAUGCUCUAUUAAUCUGCAUCUGGCCUGCAGUGUACAUGUGCUGUAACAUUCAGGUGCAGAAAAAUGGCAGUUGGUCACAUGGUAUGCACACUUCCUGUUAUAUACCCAUGAUCCCUUGCAAAGUAACAGUUGGUUGCAACGACCCUUGGUUGUCUUUGGUGCUGCACCAGCAUUUGGAGAUUUUGGAGAUUUGAGCGACUUCCAAAGCAAUUUUUUUUACAGUGAGAAGAAAAGAACUUAUCCAGGAUGGACUCUACAAUCAAUAUGAUCAAGCAAAUAAGAUCUCAGCUUGAGGAGGACAGCAGGAUGGAAACACAUGAGAGGGUUAAGAGAAAGAGGGAGCAAAGCCCAGAGACAAACAACAAAAGACCCCACCAAAAGACAGAGCGAGCAAGGGAGAGGAGAAGGAGGAAGAGGGAGAGGAGGAGACAGAGGCUCUUGUAUGAGAAGAAGGAAGAGCAAAGGUGGAAAAGACCAAGAAGCAGCGACAGGGAUGAAGCAGAAGAAGGAGAAAGUGCCUGGAAGAGACCACACAUGGAUGAAGAAAGAUGUGAUCCACUGGACAUUUCCAGCUACAACUUCCAUCACGAGCUGGGCAAUGGAUCAUUUGGCAAUGUUAUGUUAGCAUCAUUGCCCAACAGAAAGAAACCAGUGGCACUUAAGAUCCUUAAGAAAGAAAACAUCAAGCUUAAAGAAAGAUAUGAGACUGAAGUGAAGGUGAUGAAGCUGGCUUGGAAAUGCCCUUUCCUGUGCAACAUCCAUGCAGCAUUCCAAACACAGCUGCAUGCCUUCAUUGUGAUGGAAUAUGCAAGUGGAGGAAGCCUACAAGAUCUUCUAAACAACAGAGGCUAUCUGGACAUGGACUCCGUACUGUACUACGCAGCUGAGAUGGUGUGCGGCCUGCAAUUUCUGCACUCUGAAGGAAUUAUCCAUCGAGACUUCAAACCGGAAAACAUUCUGUUCAGCAACAAGGGACACAUCAAGAUUGCUGACUUUGGAUUGGCUGCUGAGAACGUAUUUGGCAACAAAACCAUCUCAGGAUCAAUUGGGACAUUGCACAACAUGGCCCCAGAGAUGAUCCAGUGUCAAAUCUACAAUUCAGCAGUAGACUGGUGGGCUUUUGGGAUUGUCUUGAGCAAAAUGGCCACUGGAAGAUCACCUUUUUAUGAAGGCCGUAAAGCAGAGAAAUGCAUCCAUUUUAUCCUCAAUUGCCAGCCCAGCUAUUCAGAACAGCUCAGUACAGAACUGCAAGAUCUUCUGGAAAAGCUCCUAAAGAAGAAGCCAUACCAGCGGCUUGGGUUCAAGGGGGAUAUAAGGAUACACCCCUUUUUCAAAUCCAUCAACUGGAUCAAAGUAGAAAGACAAAAUGUCGAACCACCUUUCCAGCCAGAACCUCAACCAAAUCCUGAUGUGAGCAUUCCAGCAAGUGCCUUAGAGGUCCUCAACAUUGACACCGCCUCAACUCACAGCUACAGUCUUCAGGAUUUCACAUAUCUGAGCCCCAGCUGGCAGGCAUAAGCCCACUCACUACAACUGUGGGAGAGGAUACAUCAACUCGAAGUUCAGUUCCCAUCCAACUGGAAAACAUCUUAAUUUGUUCAAAAGCACACCAGUCUGCUGUAUGAAUUCACAGAUCCAUUUGCAGCUCUACCAUCAGCUUCACCUGAUGCAUCGUUGCUACAUAAAGAUCAGCAGCCAACUCCACAAGUCAUCAGUCCCACCAUCAAAUCCAUCUCUGGAACUACCAUCAAGUCCAUCUUGCAUUUCCAUCAAAGCUACUUCAUCACCUAUACUUCCAUCUCCAGGUGAAAACAUUGGGUCUGGCCUACCAUCAGUUGUAUCUCUGUAUGGACUUACUAAGCUACCCUCUCUAACCCUCAUAUAAAUGUGUAAAUGUGUAAGUAUUUUUAAAUGGUGGUAAGUAUUUUAAAUUGAUUAAAAGAGCUGGGAUCCUUUGGUUAUAUAAGUUUUGGCUAAAUGAUAUAACUAAAGGGCUCUUAUAAAACAGAUAGUAUCAAAUCAAACUAGACUUAGGGUAAUAGUAGAAAUGUAAAUUCAGAGGAUAGUUACAAGAGGAUAAUAAGGUAAAACUAACAUAGGCUGGAAAUAUAAAUAAUAUCAAAUAUAUAACUAAUA